AUGGGUGUACUAAAACCUCGUGGCCGCUGCGACUCGCGCGCCUCGGCACUGUCACGCCGGGAUUGGGGUUUCGACCGCGAGCUCGAUGUCGCCCACGCCUCGGAGUCGUUGGUGGAGCAGGCCAGCGCCAACGCAGGCAGCUCGCCGGGUGCCGGCAUGGAGGCGUCGAGCUAUAAUGGCUCGAGCUUGAGGACCCCCAGUCGGUCCUUUUACCAUCGAUCCUUCAAUACAACUGCCGACCCAGCACAUUAUGCAACUGACGGGCUCCGCGAACAAACUGCCGAGUUGGCAACCUACGGCCUGUCGCUAAAUAGAAAGUCUUCGCGGGGGCGGACCAGCUUGCCUCCUGGUCUGGAUAUUUUCCCCAGCCAGACGCAGCACUCUCCGACGAUCUCGCAUGAUGGUACUGCUAGCUCCCAUGUCACGGGGGGGGAGGACUUGCUAGACUCAAAUGAUAUUUUUCACAACCACGCCUCCGCCUCCACCUCAUCGGCCUUAACAGACAUGAUCCGCCAGCCGGCUACCGACCUGGCCGACGACGAUGCCAAGCCAAUUGAAGAUACCCAUUUCCCGCCGCUGCCAACCAUCCAAGAUGAACUCGAGCCUCGAGAUACAGAGCGCACCUCCUUGCUAUCCAAGGCCAGGUCCAAGUCACCGCGUCACUAUGGAUCAGCAGAAGAUAUCGAGAACCAAGGAGAAGCUGCCCGUCCGGCAUCCAAUGCCUUCACGAACGGCAUUUCAGCGGUGGGCAAAUGGAGUCGCCUCCUGUCCAACCCCAAAGCGUGGGACAGGCGUGCCAUCUGGCAGGAAGGUGUAGUCUAUCCUGCCAGCCUGCUUCCUGCUGUAUUCCUUGGUCUUCUCCUCAACAUCCUCGAUGCCCUGUCCUACGGAAUGAUCCUGUUCCCUCUAGGAGAACCUCUCUUCGCCGACCUCGGUGGAGACGGUAUCUCGAUGUUCUAUGUCAGCACCAUCAUCUCCCAGGUGGUAUUCUCCUGUGGCGGCUCCAUUUUCAAGGGAGGCAUCGGCAGUGAAAUGAUUGAAGUGGUCCCGUUCUUCCACCAGAUGGCGUUCACCAUCAUGAACCGAGUGGGCAAAGACAACCCGCAAUCAGUCAUUGCAACCACCAUUCUCGCUUUCUCAGUCAGCUCCGUUCUGACCGGUUUGGUUUUCUUUCUGAUGGGCGUAUGUGGACUGGGCUCGUUGAUCGGGUUCUUCCCCCGCCACAUUCUUAUUGGCUGCAUCGGUGGCGUGGGCUACUUCCUUCUCCAGACCGGAGUUGAGGUCUCUGCCCGACUCCCCGGCUCUCUUGAAUACAACGUCGCCACGCUGCAAAAGCUCUUCCAUGUCGACACUUUCCCUCUUUGGAUGAUACCCCUUUUCCUUGCUAUCGGUCUUCUUGUUUUGAAGCGUUUCAUUCGAUCGAAUUUCCUUGUCGGUGCUUAUUUCAUCGCUGUGGCGGUGAUGUUCUAUGUUGUUAUUCUGAGUGCUCGGAUAUCGAUGGAUGCACUGCAUCAGAAGGGGUGGGUGUUUGAUGCUCCGUCUUCGAACAAUCCGUGGUAUCAUUUCUACUCCCUCUACGAUAUUUCUGAGGUUAACUGGACUGCCUUCGCCGACACCAUCCCAGCCAUGUUCGCUUUGACCUUCUUCGGUGUGCUUCAUGUGCCCAUCAACGUACCGGCCCUGGGUAUCUCGACCGGAGAGGACAAUCUCAACGUGGACAGAGAGCUCGUCGCCCAUGGUGUAACCAAUGCCCUGUCAGGAUUCGCGGGUAGCAUACAGAACUAUCUUGUUUACACAAACAGUCUUCUCUUCAUCGCAAGCGGUGGGACAUCUCGACUGGCUGGUCUUAUGCUCGCUGCAGCAACGGCCGGUAUUCUAGUUAUCGGCCCAGUCAUCAUCGGCUUCAUACCAAUCAUGGUUGUUGGUGCCCUGAUCUUCUUGCUAGGCAUUGAACUGUUGCAGGAAGCAUUGGUGGAUACUUGGGGCAAGCUCACGCGGCUUGAGUAUCUGACGGUUGUUAUUAUCGUGGCCACCAUGGGUGCUUGGGACUUUGUGACGGGAAUCCUCGUUGGAAUCAUCCUGGCCUGCGUGAACUUUGUAGUACAAACAUCCCGCAAGUCCGCCAUUCGUGCGACCUUCUCGGGGGAGAUUUCAGGGUCAACAGUGCGCCGUCCACCGAUCCAGCAACAGUUCCUGCAUGAGGCCGGGCAGCAAACUCUUAUCAUGAAGCUCGGUGGCUAUCUCUUCUUCGGGACCAUCGUGAACGUCGAGAACACCAUGCGAGGGCUGAUCGAAGAGGAAGCUUUCAAUCGACAACCCAUUCGAUUCCUGAUCCUAGAUUUCUCUCGGGUCUACGGCCUCGAUUUCUCAGCCGCCGAAGCUUUCACGCGAAUCAAUCGUAUCCUUCGCAAGCGCAACGUUCAGACCACAAUCUCCGGUCUAAACGUCGAAGGCGACGUGGGCAAAUCCCUUCAAAACGUCGGCCUGUUCGACCCCGAGUCGGGCGUUCCAAUAUUCGAAGAUCUCAACUCAGCAUUGGAAUUCUGCGAAAAUGAUUACCUCAAAAUCUUCUACAACCGCCAGGAAGCCCUCCUGCGCAAGCCAAUUGAAUCACCUGCCCCCAACACCAACAAUAACCUCCAGGUCCCUCUACCUGUCCCGCAGGCUGCCAAUGCCAGUCUCUCCGAUCACAUCGUCGGUUCCCCGCGUGGCCAGUAUCUCCAGCGCGUCGCAACGACUACCAUCCGCGAGCACGAGCAGGAAACAGCAUUAACCCCGGCUCCCGCGUGGUCCUCUAUGCGUCAACCACUCCCACUCCUUCUACAAACCUUCCAGGGUCUGUCUACGCAGAACGAAGAUUUCUGGUUCCCCGCCUGCGCGUACUUCUUGUGCGAAUCGUAUGCCGCGGGUACGGUCCUGUACCACGAGGGCGACCGUCCACGCGCCUUCUACCUUCUCGAGUCCGGCAUGCUGCGCGCAGAGUACGACCUCCCGCAGGGCCGGUACUUCGAGCUAGUCGUCGCCGGCCGGCCGUGCGGUGAGUUGCCGUUCUUCAGUGAUACGCGCCGCACGGCGACCGUCAAGGCGGAGCAUGAUUGCGUCGCAUGGUGUCUGGGCGAUGAGCGGUGGAAAGCGCUACAGGAGGAUGAGCCGCGGAUCGCGAGGGAAUUACUCACCGUUAGCUUGAAGUUGACAUCGGAGCGGAUGGACAGUAUCACCUCAUACGUGCUUACGAUGGCUGCUUGA